AUGUUUGCUAAAAACUUUCCCAUUUGUCGUUCAAUUGUUACGAAACAAUUUGUUAAUUUGUCCGUGAAAAAACCCGUUGUUAAAAGUCAUUUGUCGAUACCAUUCCCAUUGUUUUUACAGAAUCGUCAUUAUGCUAAGCCGGUGUCACAGGACAAAGAUAAAUUGAUAAUUUUUGAUACAACUUUACGCGACGGUGAGCAGUCACCUGGCGUCACCUUUACGUCAGACGAGAAACUUGAAAUUGCGCGACAUCUUUCAAAUCUUGGAAUUGACGUGAUUGAAGCCGGUUUUCCAAUCGCUUCACAGGGUGACUUUGAUGCGGUUGCGCGUAUUGCAAGAGAGGUUGGUCCUCUUAUGCAUGGUCGAGAAAAAAUUGGCAAGCCCAUGAGAAUUGCUGGCCUUGCACGUGCCACUAAAGCUGACAUUAAGCGUUGCUAUGAAGCUGUAUCUUUGGCGCCGUUGCAUCGAAUUCAUACUUUCCUUGCCACGUCGGAUAUACACCUUAAUUAUAAACUGAAGAUAGAUCGUAACGAGUGUAUUAAACGCGCUUCUUCAGCAGUUGCAUAUGCAAAAAGUCUUUGUGAUGAUGUAGAAUUCAGUUCUGAAGAUUCUGGAAGAAGUGAUAGGGACUUUUUGUGUCAAGUCUUGGGAAAAGUAAUUGAGGCUGGAGCAACUACCCUAAACAUUCCAGAUACAGUUGGUUACACUAGUCCUGAAGAUUAUGGCGAAUUAAUCAAAUAUUUAAUUGAGAAUACGCCUGGAAGCCACAAAGUAAUUUGGUCUACGCAUUGUCAUAAUGAUUUGGGUCUUGCUACUGCUAAUACAUUGUCCGGAAUAGUCAAUGGUGCUAGACAGGUGGAAAUGACCAUUAAUGGUAUUGGUGAACGUGCUGGCAAUACAUCUCUUGAAGAAGUUGUAAUGAAUAUUCAUACUCAUCCCUCUUCAUAUCCGGUCUAUCACACCAUAAAUACCCAACUUAUUUACCGUACAUCCACUCUAGUCUCAUCUCUUUCUGGGAUGGUGGUACAACCAAAUAAGGCAAUUGUGGGUGCCAACGCAUUCCUUCAUGAAUCCGGUAUUCAUCAAGAUGGUGUGCUGAAGAAUAAACAAACAUAUGAAAUCAUUCGUCCUGAAGACGUGGGCGUCUUCAAUGUAAAUUUAGUGUUGGGCAAACUUUCAGGACGCAAUGCUUUUCGUUCCCGCCUUGAACAACUUGGUUAUUAUGAUAUGAGUGAAGAUGAUUUCAAUAAAGCCUUUGAUCGAUUUAAGGCUAUAGCAGAUGCUAAAAAGCGCGUCACGGAUCAUGAUCUUUUAGCUUUGAUAUCAGAACAAGUUUCUUCCGGAAGUGUACAUCGAUUCGAUUUGCAAACAAUUCAGGUUGUUUCUGGAACUCGUGACAUGGUCACCGCAACAGUCAAAAUUAUUGAUUCAGCUCUAAACAGAGAACUCAUUGGUGCGGCUGUAGGGCAAAAUGGUCCUAUAAUGGCAGUAUUUGGCGCUAUUCAACAAUUGGUGCAGCGUAAAAUCCGCUUGUUAGAUUAUGAAGUUCGUGCAGUCUCUGAAGGGAUGGACGCAUUGGGAAAAGUUGUCGUAAAAAUUACAGAGGAUGUUGAUUCUUCAAGUGUUGAAGCUGAUUCUAAUCCGCAAGAACAUGUUAUUGAUCGUGCAGUUAAGCCCGUCAUCGAACAAAGUGGGGAGACAAAAUUAUCAAAGAGCAGAUAUCAUGGUCAUGGUACAGAUGUUGAUAUAGUAAUGGCAAGCGCGAGAGCUUAUGUAAACGCAAUCAAUAGGUUGUUUGAAAGUGAGGUCAACGAAGAAAGUCGAAGGAGUUCUUUGAAAGAAAGAUUAGCAAAUAUAUAA